AUGAAAAGCAAAUGGUGAGUAAAAGAGAGAGACGAUCGAGACGCGCUCGAUAUUGUUUUCUCACGGGUUAUUUUGUGCGUGCGUGUGUGUGUGUUUUUGGGUAUCUUCGCUCCGCAGCCGGCCUGCCAAUGGGCCUGGAUUAGGUAGCCUUGCCUCAGACAGAGAAGAGGGAUGGGAGGCGGCCAGAGAAGUAAUAGAAAUACUUACAUAUAUAUAAAUCCCCGCGCCAUUCCCAGACUCUGAGGUCGCUCUCAUGCGCACGUGUACAUAUACAUAUAUAUGCACACACACACACGCCUAUAUACACACUGAGGAAGGGAGGAAAGCAGGAUGAAAGAAAUAUCAAAUUAUAUGGAUGUGUAUUUUCAUUUAUUUCUUCGCCCGCUCGCUGCCUCGCCUUUCCACUGCAAAACCCCUGGAUGUUUUCAGGUUAGCUAACGAAACGAGGCAGCUAUCCGUCAGGGCAGUUGCUCUUCAGCUGCUUUUGCUAUCUGGGAGUUGUUGUUGUUGUUUUAAAAACUCUCUAUUUUUCUUUGUGCUGGAGCCCGUUCCCAUCCAGCAAACGGCCUGCUGUGAGUCCAGAAGUAAAUGUGGAAUAAAGUGGAAGCGGGAGGCGGGCUGGUUGCGUGCGAACCCGGUCCCGCAUUCUCUGCACGUCUGCUCCCCGGCACGCGUGUACAGAAGACUGCAGCUGGACUUUAUCCCUGUUACUGUAGAUAACCAGCACUAAGAAGCUCAGGCUUGGCCCGGUAUUUUCAGGCGGGGGAAAUGUCUACGGUGGUGGCUGCGGAUCGGUAAAACAAAAGAAGCCAAGCCAGUCCGCAGGCGGCAAACCGAGUUAGCCGGCGGAUUCAGGCGCUCAGAUCCCAGGAUUCAGACUCGUUUCCCGCUUCUAGUCGCCUCUCUUUCUCCCUGAGAUACUUGGAUUUGCAGGGAUGGAAAUCAAAUGCGUUUUUUUGCGCAUUAGACUAAAAGACUAAUAAGAAGUGCGAGGUAUUGAUGGGAGAGGGAUGGGAAGCGUCCAGGAAAGACGGCCUGUCUGAGAAGGCGCAGAAUCUCUCUUAAGCGGAUACCGAAGUGCGUGGCAGCCUAACAGGCCGCGAAGAGAAGGCUUGGGCGGCCCUCUGUGCGUUGUCGUCCCAUGUUUUUCGCGAGAAAGCUAAAGAUUUGGGAACAGACAAGGUGGAUUCUUUAAGAAAGCUCGUUUGGAGCAGUGCAAUUAUUAUUAUUUUAUGAUUAUUAUUUAUUAACUUAAAACAGAACCUAUUUGCAGAUGGGCAAUAUUUCAGAGGGUGGGAAUUUCGUUCUCCCAAUUCAGAUGCUGUCAAGAUCUACCGUGUUACAGUAUUCAGCUAAUGCACGUGUGCAUAAAAACAGCAGAAGGCUGAAAAUGCAACACAUUUCGAACUGUAAUUUGUCGCACUCUGCUCCCUUCUUCGUCUUUUAGGAAUUCCGAUUCUGAAUAUUUCCUGUAAAACGGGUUCCUUAAAAUACAAUUUAAAAACUCCCCCCCUCCCCCAUACCAAUUUUCAUUUAAAACGGUAUUUCUGAAUAAUAUAGCCCCAAAAGCCAAGCGAGGCGCUGGCCUGCUCAAAUGUUUCCUUUCUUUUUCUUUUUUCGUUCGGUUUCCUGCACCCAGCAUGCUGGUGCAUACAGUCCUCUAAUUCCUCGUGGUACAAAGAAUAAAUAAAAUAGACUAUCAUCUUCCUACUAAUACAGGGAGCGUUGUGUGUUUUACAGUAGAGCAGAAAAGUGAUAUAUUUGCAUCCAUCAAAAUAUGUACACCACAAUUAUGGCAUCUGCGCGCUUAGGAACUGAGAGCAAAAGAAUACAUUGCAUUUAGAUGAUAGAGAGAUGGAUAGAUAGAUGGAUAGAUAGAUAGACGUUUGUGUGGGAAUGUAGAAAGGUCGCCUAGGUCCAAAUCGGGGGGCGGAGCCUUGCCAAGCAGCUCCUCCUCCUUCCCUCUGCGUGUAUUGGCUUACACGCAAAAAAAAUCCAGAUCGUGUAGAAGUCUGUACUGAGGCUUUCUCCCUGUAGACGUUUCCACUCGCGCUUCCGCCCUUGAUUUAUUGACAGACAGAUCAGGUAAACACACAAGCAGGCUGCGCCAUGUCCUGAUGGUGAAACCCACAUCUCGCUUGAAAUGCGUGACAACUUUGUAGGAGAAGACACCGACGGCCCCUCAAGGCUGCUAAGCUAUGCUUCAGAACAGAAUGACCUUUACAAGCCCAUCGGCUCAGCAGCCUCUCUGCAACUGUGGCCAGACAGAAGUAUGCGUAUUUAGGCUAGAUUACUGCAAUGUAUUAUACGUAGGGCUGUCUUGAAGACAGUUCAGAAACCACACCGGUGCGAAAUUCCGCGGCUGCAUUGCUGACGGGCGCAAGAUGAUCUGAGCGUAUAAAGAUAAUUCUGACACGACUCACUGGCUGCCAAUUAGUUUCCGAGCUCAAUUCGAAGUGCUGGUUUCGACCUGUAACGCUUUGUGCCACUCGGGACCCCACUACCUCAGGGACCGCCUCUCGCCAGGUGAACCAACCCCAGCCCUGUGAUCAUCACGGGAGCUCUUUCUCCAUGUGCCCCCUCUGAAUUAGGUCUGCAGGGUGACAACACAAGAAGGGACCUUUUCAGUGGUGGCUCCCAGUUUAUAGAAUGCUCUCUCUCCAGGGAAUUGCGCCUGAUGCGAUUACUGGCUGCUUUUGGGAGCCAAUCACGAACGUGUCCCCGCCCCCCCGACCUUUAGCCUGGAGACUUUUAGCUAUUGAGGCCCUUUUCAGUAGGUCAGUUGUGUCAGAAUGCUUUUAAUGUAUAUCGGUGUUGUUGUUGUAUUGAAACUUUAUAUUGGUUUUAGUUUUGCGAUUACAUUGUAAGUUGUUUUGAGUUUACAGUCUGUAAAAAAGACUAAUAAGUCCAAUAAUAAAUAAAUAGUUAAUGCAGCUGGAUGAUACUCUAGUUUACAACUCUCGUUUAAUUCAAUUUAAGCUUUAAGUGGUGUCCUAUGCCAUCCUUAUUAUGUCUUAAUCAUCUUUUUGUAACUCUUUUAUUUUGUCUUUUAAAAGCAGCCCGUGCAUGUAAAUUUUAAAUAAUUAAAUUUGGCACUGGUAACUUAUUGUUAGAAUAAAAGGCAAGAGGAGAGUACCGCUCUCUUGCCUUUUGUUCAGGCAUCCGGUUACCAGGGGUAGACUGCCUCCGAAAUGGAAGCUCCGCAGAUAACCUUUAACAGACGUCAUCUUCCUCCACAAACUUGCUUCUCCUGGCCAUCUCUCGAUUUUGUAGCAGUGCAUAUGCUGACGGUGAAUUCAGUAUGGUGUGUGCGUGUAAUCCACGUCUCUCGAAUGCUUCUCUCCCCAUCCCCCAAACACACACAUUUUCGCGUUUCAUACAUUUCUUUCUGGGUACAGCGUGCGUACAACAAAACCCCAAACGCAGCUCACUCCUCCAGACCCUGCUAAGACGUGCGCCGGACUUUUUCCGCCACUUAUCUGCAAUUUGCUGGCCGCUCGCUUCUCCCGCAGUUCCGUUGUUGGACAGACUCAAGGCUACUGGAGAUCCAGGGCUUGUGUCAGGAGCAGAGCGAACAACUACCGCAGGGAUCGCGGCUUCCUUCUAUGUAAGAGGAAGAGCCCCACACCUCUCCCCCACAACAAUACAAUGGGAAGGAAGCGUCGAAGGAAAGAAAACGAUCGUUUCCUUUGCGCCCAAGAGCGAAUACAAAAGGCAGGGUACAAAAACAAGCUUCUGAGUCGCACAGAAAUCUUCACCAGGCCUGAAGCUGCAAAUAUAAUAAUAAUAAUAAUAAUAAUAAUAAUAAUAAUAAUAAUAAUAAAAUAAUUGUGGGUAGGGUUUUUUUUUGCCUGCAAAAGCAUACUCGAUUAGAAGGAGGGGGUGGUAAGAGAUAGAAGCUAUCCCGUUCCUUCAGACUUUUCACAUCCCAAAAUGUGGUUCGGCAAAUAUUUAGGGGUACAUAAAGCGAAAUUAAAUUGUCAUAGAAUCAUAGAAUUGUAGAGUUGGAAGGGACACUGAAGGUCAACUAGUCCAGCCUCUUUAAAUCCAGGAAUCUCAACUAGAUCAUACAUGACAGACAGCCAUCCCAUCUCUGCUUAAAAACCUCCGAGGAAGGAGAGUCCACCACCUCUCGUGGGAGUCUGUUCCACUGUCGAACAGUUAUUUCUGAUGUUUAGUCGGAAUCUUGUAGCUAGACGCCAUUGGUUCGGGCCCUAGCCUUCGGAGCAGGAGAAAACAACUUUUUCCAUCCUCAGUGUGACAGCCCUUUAGAUAUUUGAAGACGGCUAUCAUAUCUCCUCUCAGUCUCCUUUACUAGGCUAAACAUACCAGUGGUAGACGACUUCUCUCUCAUUGGUGAGACUGACUUCUUUGAGACAAGACUGUUAGUGGCGAGGGGAAUGGAGAGAUGGGGGUGAAGCUUCCUUCCCCCCCUUCCUGCUGGACUCCUGUGGUUACUGGUAGGAAAGGCACUUCUCACAUACAUAUGAUAAUUGACGCAUGAACCGGAAAUCGAAACCAGACUGCGAACCUUAACAUUUCCUUCGAAACUAACCCCAUCCAAAUCAAUUGUACUUAUUUCAGACCGAGAAUGCGUUUAGGAUGUGAGCAUUGAUGUGAAAUAUUAUGUUAUGGCCCAUUUGCACAGACACUCAUUUUCCCCUGGCUUUCUAGUUAAAUAUAGCCCCUACCCUGCCCAGAUCUAAAUAGCUCUCCUCGCGCUCCACUUCCUCAGUCCCAUAUCCGGGACGGAUCCCUCCUGAUCCGAGAUGCUUCUUCCUCUGCUUAAGCCGUGGCAGGAGGCAGCAUCCUGGGCUAGCCCCUCCCUAAAUGCAAACCCCCUCGAAGUAGGAGGAGGAGGAGAGGCGGCCUUGAUAAUGAGAGGGGCUUUGUGGAGGCAAGAGGCGAGGGGCUGCCGCUGCUUAACAUCUGGCAGAGGCGAAUUCUACGUCCUUGUACAGUAUCAGAAAGUCCAAUUAAAAGGAGGAAGGAGGCGGCCGAAUUGGGUGGGUGCUGCUGCCGAGACAGUUGAAAGCAGGGGAGGGGUCGUGACUGGUCAAAGAUAGAGUCGUGCUAUGUUGAUGGCGCUUUCCUCCUUCUCCACGACGCCCCCCUCCAGCCCCCUACUCUCUCCAAAGCUGCCACCCAAAGAUCUCCCUCUUCCAACCCAUCCCGGCAGAGGCCGAAGGAACAGAAAGAAAAGCCCCGGUCCCAAACGGAGAUUUUGACAACAAGGAAAUCCUGCUGGUUUCGCGGGCGUUUGGGACAUUGUUGGUGGCGUGGUCCUUCACUGGUAUGGUUGGGCCGGGCUUGGGCAGGUCCGUCUGCCUACAAAGCCUUGAAAUCGACUUCAGGUCCCUUGGUUUAAAUGAUGCUUUGCUGCCACAGCAUACGAACUGAUUAAUUCCGAGCAGCAAAGUGACAAUCGCAUAUAUAAGCCACUUGUCAUAUUCGCUGCUGGGUCAGGUCUUUAUAUUAAUUCCCAACUUGGGUCGGUCCAGAGGUACCAGGGAUCGCCAGAUCCAUUAUAUCCCUGCUGGACUACUGAAGUCUUAAUGGAAGUCACUGUUGGGGGGGGGGGGCGGUGGCUGGGAUGAUGCUCAAUUUGUAACCACAAAGAGUCCUCCUGCCUUCAACGUUGCGGGGCCUAAUUUUGUGCAGCUCCCUCCCAGUUGAGGCCAGACAAGUCCUUCCACCCCUGAACUCACUGAAAAUUGUCGUCGUUUUUCCUGCAGGAUGAAUUAUGAUUUUAUAGUUUUAACUCGCGUUCGUCUUUUUAUGAUAGGUUAGGUCUCCUGCACACAGAGACAACCGCAAUCAAGCGUCAUACCAAUCGUUGAGAUAAAUGAUAAAAUACUAUCGAGUUCAUGGGUCUUAUGGGCUGCCCCGUAAGUCUGGGGACAGUCGGGCAGGUCUGAAUGCUAGAUAUUCUAAACGUUCUCCAUGCUGUCCUUACGGGCUAUAAAUCCUGGGCGGGGUAUAAAUAAUAAAAUUAUUAUUAUUAUUAUUAUUAUUAUUAUUAUUAUUAUUAUUAUUAAAUUAAGACCCUAUGCACUAGUAGCCAAGGCGUUGGGAAUCCUUCCUUAUGUACUCAAGAAACUCAGCGUGGUGUUUUGACCUUUGAGGUCCAACAAGCGUAGGAGUUGGGUUAGGCCACCCGCCCUCAAUGGUCUUGGGCUCCCCGCGUUCCGCUCCCCGCUUCAGGCGCUGGUCUUGCUUGCCUUUCGACGCGCCAAUGUUCGGAGGAGAGCCCCGCUGGGUGGGCAGAGACAACUCCUCGGCCGAUCCCCGGGGGCUGUUGUGGUUUCAGUUCGCCAGAAACCAAUAUAAGCCUCGGUUUUUCUAUGCAGCCGAGCGAGGCGCUGACCGGAUUUAUGCUCCAGGCGUGAAAUUAACAGCUCAGCGGAGAAAGCCGGACGGGAAUAAUUCCGUUGCAUUUAAGCGAUUUAAACGAAACACCAUAAAAUAUGGAUUUCUCUAGGCCCCCUCCGCCAAUCAGCCCCAAUAUAAAUUGCGUUUCAAACGCCUCUAUUUCUUCGUGCUUUGUUUUGUUCUUGCUUUAAACGGGAGCCCUGAUCUACUGUUUGCUUGAACGAAACCAACCCAUUCACUAGCUAACCAGGACCGCCGGUUUGAGGCUGAAAUCCUUAACAUAUUUCACUCGGUCCUCGGGAACCAAUCUCCUUGGACUCAGAGGGACUCCGGGAAAAUCACCCCAGCGAUGUGUUGUGUGUGUGUGUGUGUAGGUGGGUGGACGACGGUUCUAGGGAUGUAUAUUCGGAAGAUAGCACCCCUCAUUCUCGUGGGACUUGCUUCCAAUUAAGUGCAUAUCGGAUUGCCAUCUGAAAGGGCUACCUGGUCUACCAAGUAUUUAAGAUGAAGCUUAUGCCGUAAUAAAUUUUAGUCUUUGAGGUGCAACAGUACUCCUUUUGGGGGGCGGGGAGAGGUGUCAAGAUAUCAGCACGGCUACUCCCUCUGCAAGUAUUAUGGAGAUAGUUGGAAAAACCGAGUUUGGGCUCACAGACAGCUUCCUGUUGUUUGGCGUUUCUGGAUCAAACCGGAAGCCAUUCCCCACCCCCGCAGCAGUCUGUGCCACCAAAUAGCCUUAGAGUUCAUCGCGAUCCCCAGAAAUCUGAUGGCUGCAAAGCGAUCGAGGGGGAGGGUCUCCGUUCGUUAUAAUAAAACUGUGUUGGCGGCGGCCAGAAGAGUUGGAACUGAGACACGUUUGGUUCUGCUGAUCACAAUACUAUCGCCGAUCGGAACAUUUACUUGGAGAAAGGCCUAUUGACGUAAUCGGGAGAAUUCGAGUUAAAAUGUGUUGUGAAGCCCAAAUAUUCGAAUUUAACUGGCUGUGUGUGCGCGCGCGCGCUCCGGUUCGGGAUAAUUCAUCUAUUUCGUGGAGCGCUUGGAGGUUAACAAAUCUGGCUCUGUUCUCAGAGCCUGGGCGCAGCCGACUUUGGGAAAGUGCCUUUAUUUCGCGCUUUGUUGCAGCGAGGAAGGCAAGGCAAGUGUUGGCUAGACGGAACACUCAGGACGAGAGUCCUAUUAGCCCCCCGCCCCCAAAGUAUUAUUAGUUGAAGGCAUCGAUAUGGCUAUGCAAAGUUAAUUUAAAAGCUGAUAUCAACCCCAGAGUCGUUCGCGACUGGACUUAACUGUCAGGGGUCCUUUACCUUUUUAUCCGGAAAAACACCAUAACAGAAUACAUCAGCAUUGCGAUUCACUCAAGAAACACCUGAGUUUUCAUUUCAUUUUAAUUUUGGAUCGGUAGAAUAAAUAAAAAAGGAGAUGGGAACCCAGUUACAGCGAUGUUUUUUAAGAGGUUAUUACAGACAGGUGAAUUCCUUCUUUCCUUCCUUCCUUCCUUCCUUCCUUCCUUCCUUCCUUCCUUCCUUCCUUCCUUCCUUUUCACUCUUCCAUUAUGAUAUGAUUUCUUAUUACCCCCCCCCCCCCAAUUAUCCCUGACAUUAAUGUGGAAUGAAAAAGUUUCUCUUCCGCGCAGGCUGCUUCAGCGAAUGGUGGCGAUUUUCUUUUUAUUUCAGCAACAAAGAUGCUUUGCUGGCUUCCCUUCGUCUCCGUCUCCUUCUCCCCACUGCACAACUCCUCCUCUUUUGGUUGACACUGUCACUCUGCCACCGUCCUCCUCUUCCACCAAAUGGUAGAUAUCUGAUCCUCCGGCCGCUCUCCCCACCCACCUCAUAUCUGUUAGAAUGACUUCCCCGAGGCCACCCUCACUCUCUUAGGAAACGCACCCGCGUAAGACCUUUGCGCGGUAUGCGCGCCCGAUUGCCACGAAGUCCGAAGGGUGCGUGUGUGGAAUUAAAAAGCAAAAACGAGAUAUGGGCAGGGCGGGCAAAGAGUUUUCCGCAAGAGGAUGGAGGGCAGGUUGAAGAGAAAAUCCUUUCGCUUUCCUGGGGCGCAGGGAAGUCUCAGAGCCGGAGGCUGGGGAAGGGACCCCCUUUGCUCUGCCCUCUUCUCCCGUCUUAGAUUCGCGUGGGUGUCCCCGCCCGAGCUUGCCCGGCCACCGGGCCACACAAGGGCCGCGCGCUCUACGCGGCGCGCCCUGCUAGCCGCACAACUGUCCUCCGCGGCUGCUGAGCGGCCCUGAGCCGGUGCCCAACCCCUCUGGGCGCCCGCUGCGCUGCCAAUGACAAGCGGGCGACGUCGCGGGCGGGGAAGGCGUCGCUUUCUUUCCCGAUCCUUCCUCCUCCCAGUCUUCCAGCCCUUUUUUGGGGUUGGAAGCUCGUCUCGUUCGCCCUUCUCCUUUCUUCACCCUGAGCGCAAUUUUCCUCCCUCGUCUCCCUCCCCGUUUCAUCUUCCUUCCUUCCUUCCUUCCUUCCUUCCUCUUCCUCUUCCUCCACUUUCCCUUUCUCCUCCUUUCCCUCCCCUCCCCCGCCCCCCGCGCGUCCCUCCCUCCCUCCCUCACGGCUCUCCUCUCCCUCUUUCUCCCCAGGAUGCUGAUGGAGAGGCCCCCCAGUGACCCGCCGCGGGAUGCCGCGCACGGAGCCGGAGCCGCAGCGGAGGGCGUCGGCGAGCCGGACUUGGGCUUGGGCUCGGGCAGCCACAGCGUCGGCGGCGUUGGCGAUCGGAGGCGCGGGGGGAUGGCCCUCCCGGGGGAGCCGGCGCUGCUCAAUGGGGUUGCCAAGGAGACAGGCCGGCCGCCCCCCUCCCCCGGCCCGGCGCCCCCCGCCGCGCCGGUGCCCGUGAUCGAGCUGGUGCGCGCCGGGCGCCCUAUAAAAGCCGCGGACGCGCCGAGCGGCGCCAGGCAGAGCCAGCGCGAGCGAGACGGAGGCAGCAGCACCAACAGCAGCAGCACCAACAGCCGAGCGCAGCGCGCCGAGCCGGCCAGCGCCCUUGCUCUCGCCCUCGCCACCGCCGCGGGCACAGGAACGGGCACGCCCCCCGCCAGCGCCAGCCUCAGCAGCAGCAGCAGCAGCAACACCAGCAGCGACGCCCGCAUGGUGCAGCUCAGCCCCACGGCAGCCCCCGCGCUCCCGCUCCAGCCACCUGCGCGAGCCAUGCUCUACGGCCUCGGCCCCCCGCUCAGCACCGCCAGCAGGUCCGCCGCAGCGUCGGGGGAGGGAGAGGGGGGAGGAAGGGACUUUUCUGCCUGGGCCAUCCGUUCUCGGCUUGGUUUGCUUAGGGUCGCCUUUGUCAUAUGCCACCAUUGUCGAGGAUGUCCUCCGGUUUCACAGAAUCACAGAAUUGUGGAAUUGGAAGGGAGCACGAGGGCCCUGCAGUGGAGGAAUAUUUUGCCCAGCGUAGGCUUCGAACCCACGACCUUGAGUUUAAGAGUCUCAUGCUCUGGUUUGGGGGCUUUGCCAUGCCCCCACGCUUCCUCUCUCUCCUUCAUUUUUCUUUUACAAACCAACAUCUGUUUCUUUCCCCGCUCUUUUUUUUUGUCCUCUCGCCUUCUUAUGCCCUCUGAGUGCCAAACCUGAGCUGUGUCUGCCUUUCCCUUUUGUCCGCUUGCCAUAGAGAGAAUUGAUUUUUUGCCUUACUUGCUACGAAAUUAAUAGCCGCCACCUUCGUCUAUAGGAGCCAGAAGGAAACAGAUUCUCUCUGGUGGAUCGCCUGUUCUCUAUUGACAAUCAAAUUCAGUGGCCCCUCUGUAUACGUUAUUUUCUAAACCACAAUUAUGCAUCAUUUUAAAAACAAUAAUGAUGAAGGAACCCGUUGACUGGCAGGUCUUUUUUUUUUUAAUGCCAUUUGUUAAGUGUACGGGCUAGAACUGUAAAAAAGGCUGUGCCGUGAAAUGCCAUUGAACUAACUAGCAUUACUAACUAGCAGACGUUGAUAGCCUUAAAGUAACAAAGGUAAUGCUAGCGCUCUGGAUCCCUCUCCCACCCUCCCUCGCCGAGAAAUUGUCUAUAGUGGAAUAGAUCAAAAACAGAGAGAAAACAUUUCCUCCCAGGGAUUAUUCUGAGUGUUUAAUCAAUGUGUUGCCUCCAUUAGUUAGGAAAUUGUUGAGGUUCCUUUUCACUGCCUGCAGAAAUGCAAUGCAGUUUAAUCGCAAUUCAUAUGUAUAUUAAAAAGCUCUGUCAUGCCAGGGCCAAGCCUUCUUUGAGGUUAGUAGAUGCUUCCACAAAGAUUUCCCCCCCUUGUUACACAAAUCCUUUAACCCUGGUAAGCAUCCCUUGGGCUUAAAAAAAGGUGCUGCAAAGUAUACCUUAAUUCUUCCAUUAGAAGCACUCUGAAAGUGCUUCAGGCCCGCGUGUAAUACAUCUGAAUCCUAAGAGCAUCUUAUUUAGAAGGUGAAUGAGUUUCAGGGGAACUUACAUCCAAAUAAAUGUGCUUAGAAUUGCAGCUCAAGGUUUCUCGGUGUGUGUGAUGAGCAUCUGUAAUAUGUGCAUAUAUGUGUGAUGUUAUGAAUGCUCAUCACACAAUGCCCCCCUUCCCACACUCACACUCUCUCUGCAUAUGCUCAGCUGAAUGGGAGUACAUUCAAAGACUGCCCAGUGUCCUCAGCAGAGAUCUGCCUUGCAGUACUGUACUCUCUCAUUUUCUCCUGUGUUCUGCCUCUUGCUUUGCAGUGGUUUCUUUGGAGAGCCAGAUAACUUCUCAAUGUACAGCAACAACCGAGUAAAAAGAAGACCGUCCCCCUAUGAAGUGGAGCUCUCUGAUGGUGAGGAAGCUUUUUAAAUUUGAGAGUCUCAAGAACUGUGAUCUGCUAGUUAAUUUCCUGUUAUUUUUGUGCUGGCGGGGGGACGGGGGACGGACAGAUUAUGAUCUACAGGUGGAACUUGCAACAAAACGUUGUAGUAGCAGUCCUUCUGCUCAGCGUUCCAGCCAGCCACACCUCCUGUCAUGCUUCCUUUACUCCACAGCAUUCCAUAGCCAUUCAGCAUGCUGAGUUCUGCUUGGGCUGUUGUCCUGCUUUCAGGUUUUCCUCCCCCCUCCAAAUGAUUUUUGUACCUAGUAAACAUUGAGGUUCCCCCAAGCCUGCUAUCACUUCCCUCUUGUGUGUGGAUGGUGUGUCAUUUUGGCAACUUAAGGAUCUGCAUUUGGUGAAUAUAUGAUGCCUAAGUACAUAAAUCAGAGGUAAUUAACAUAGUUGUCGGACUCCAACUCCCAUCAGCCCCAGCCAGCAUGACUAAUGGCCGGAGAUGAUGGGAGCUAUAGUCCUACAGCACCUGGAAGGCACCGUGUUGGCUUCAUAGUGGUGAUGAUGAUGGUGACAAUAGCAAUAAUGGGAAAAUGUUGGGAUGAAACCAAUUGGGUGGUAUUCAUUAAAGUUUUACUCAGAGCAGAUCCAUUGAAAUGAAUAGGCAUGACUAAGUUAGGUCCAUUAAGUUCUGUGGUUCUUCUACUCUGAGUAAAGCUUAGUUGAUGACCACCCUAGGAGGGAGAAGACAAUAUUUGCCUACUAUAUUGCCCUGGUCCUGUAGUUAUUCAUGUAUUUAGGCAAUAUGCACUAAGCAAAACCAGUUUUUGGAAAUCAAAGGAGCGUAGCCAUCAGUGUUGGAUGGGGUUUGAGGGGGUGAGGCCUUUGGACCUUCAGCUGGGUCAUGUGUCCAGAUGUUCUGGAGCUUUCAGGGCUGGACUUGGGUGCAGAAGCCCAGGGCCUCAAUCAGCAGAACAAGAAGGAGGGUCCUCUAAAGCAGCAGGACUGGCUGACCACAUUUUGAAGCAAUACACAAUAUUGUAGCUGAGAAAAAUGCAAAUUCCAUGGGACUGAAAAUAAAGCUGCCAAUAUCGUGAUGCUGUUAUAGGAACCUAUUGUGUCCAGUUCUGGCCACCUUACCUCAAAAUGGAUAUUAUGCAGCUGGAAAAAGAAUAACUAAAGGACAGCCAAAACGAUCACAGGACAGGAGGAAAGGUUACAACACUUGAGCCUUUCUUUGUUUAAAAAAACAAAAAGAGAUGAGUAAGACAGGUGGCAGGAUAGAGGUGUGUAAGGUGUGGAGAAAGUGGAGAGAGAGAAGUCACGCUCCCUCUCUCUUCAUGCCCUGAAACUGAAUGUUGGAAGGUUCAGGGCAGACAAAACAAUGUACUUGAUAGAGCCUCAUUGAACUGUGGCAUUUGCUUCCACAAGAGGCAUCGAUGGGCACCAACAUGGAUGGCUUCAAAACAGGAUUAGACAAAUUCAUGGAGGAGAGGGCUUAUCAGUGGCUACUACUGAUGCCUAUGCUCUGCCUCCACUAUCAGAGAAGGCAUAUGCCUCUGAGCACCAGUUGCUGGAAACUAUGAAUGUAUAUAUACUGGCCUUGAAGUUCAUGGAAUAAUUUAAAAGCUGCCUAUGAGCAAAAGGUUGAUUUUAGGCUUCUUUACACCUGAACCAUGUGAAGCAUCAGUGUAUACUUGACUGGUGAGAUGUUCCUUCUUGGCUUAUAUAUACUGAGGACAUGAACUUAAGCCCCAGAAGUACUACUAGCCUGUCUGGACUGUGUAUAAACUGGGCAUGUGUUCUUGUAACCACCAAGCUGAACACAGCCCAAUUAGUCAUGUCCAGAUUCUCGACAGCCCUUUCGUAGCCUUAGGUAGGCAGCAAUAUGACAAAGAGGGUUUGCCUUAGUGGGGCACAACUUGUGCAGGUCGUGAAUCAAAGAAGCCAAAGUGAGGAUGCAGAGCAGGUUUUAUUGAUGUGGGAUAAUGACAUGAAGUAGAAACUUUGUUAAAAACCCCUGGAACUAAUUCCAUGAAUGGGACACAUGCUGUCACCCACACCUCAUAUGCUCAAGAACUGCUAUGGAGAAAUUGGGUUAUUGUGACCAUGGCAGCCUGAUAAUCCCAGGGUAAUUAACUGGCAAAAUGCCAUUUGGAGGUCAGAACUCCUUCCCAGUGAGAGGUCGCUACUUACAGAACAUGGUGAGGAUUUGUAAUGUAUUUCAAAGCAAUAGAAAUAUCCAGUGGUCAUGAUCUUGCCGCUUAUUCAAUCAUUUAUGUUUAAAUUAGGGAUCAAACAAAACUAAAAAAAAAAUCACUGAAAAGAUUGAAAUAUAUCUCCCACCCUUUUAAUAUUAUAUUUUAAAUAUCAGGUUUGACAUUUCCUCCAUCCAUAUUGGCAAGGUGGUUGCUUGCUUGCUAGCUAUGCUGCUUUACAUAUGCUUAGUAAUCCUCAAUAUUCACAUUAACAGUCGUGCUGGCUCUAUUAAUGAGCCCAUUUUUAUAUUUCAUCCAACAUUUGACUUUGUCUGUUGCUAACUCAGUUGUUCACCUAUUGAUAUUUCCACAAUUUAUAAAAGGACUGGAUAUAAUUUGGAUGCCUCAUUGAAAAGACACAGGGACAAGCUAUUUGAAAUGACAAUGCAGCUGGACUAAUCUUAAAUUGAGGAUUCCUCAAUUUAAGAUUAGUCUUGCAUCACCAUCUUCAGUAGCUUUGCGAGGAUCCUCUGUCUUUUAAAUGAGAGUUAUCCUGUGGCAGUGAGGGACUUAGCUUCUGCCAGUGUGUUCAUUUUAGACCAAACCAACAAUUUACAUGGAACUGCUGCCACACUGGUUCUAGAGCAGUCCUCAUUGAGGCAAACAUGUAAAGUGGGGACAUGCAGAGGCAUAGCCCAUCUAACUUAGUAUUGACAAGUACACAGAUUGGCAGCAUCUCUCCAGGGUUUCAGAUAGGGGUCUCCUCCAGCUCUUCCUAGGGAUUGAACCUGAGACCUUCUGCAUGCGAAGCAGAUGCUUUGCCACUAAGCCACAACCCUGGGUUGGGAGGCUGCUGGAAAAGCUGUACAAUGAAUCCACACGCCAGGGCUAUUCAAUUAUUUUUACAGGCGUUUUCAAAAACUGGGAUUAAUUUUGUGAUGGAUUAACUCUGUGGGGUAUUUCUGUGGUUCUGUCACCUGAACAAGCUAAGAAAAGAAAGCAGAAAAUGAUCAACCCCAAUGAGCCCUAAGCCUACAGAAGCCCAAACCAACAAUGAUCCUAAUAUAUUUGAUUCAAUCCAUUCUAAAUGCAGUUUUGCAUUAUGUCAAGGGUGGCCUGUGGGCUGCUUUGACCUCUGGGGACCUCUCCAUGUGCCUCGUGCCAGUGACCGAAAAAGUGUGUGGGGUGAUUAAGAGGUUGCCCUACAUUCACACCCACUGUCUCCAGGACACAUACACACACACCGCUGAGGUUGGGUGGGAUUUGAAACCAUGACCCUAGAUAGCAAUCUCAGGACAAUUUUCCAUGACUGAACACAAUUUUCCCUGUACCCUCCUUCUUUUCACCCCUCUACAGCAGAAACCUAUGGCGGGUACUCCUCCAUGCGACAGCAGAGUCCCAAUGCUGGUGAGGACAUCAUCAUUAUUUUUUGUUCCAUUGCUGCCGCUAAAUUCUCAGGGGCCAUAGGGAAGAACUUGGGGGAGGGGAGCUGGGCUUUUGGUGAACUACCCCUGCUUUUCGUCCUCAAAGGCAAGACUUGGGAAGUAUUUUUAGUCUAAAAGAUGUGCACCAAUCAGCUGGCAAAACGCCAACUUGUUCAGGGAAACUAAGGUAGAACUUUGUGAUCUCUGUGAUGCGGUAGAUUGGAUGUGGUACACUGAUGGGACCAGGACUAAAAAGUUGGAUUUGUAUCUGUGGGAUGAGAGUUCAUAUUCCAUCUUAUUUAUGAACUGAGAUUACUUCAGAUGUGCCUGCAACACAUGACUUUCUCCAAGGCCAGGUAAGAUGGUUGGGGUUCCUGGAGCAGUUCCCCAAACAGAGACCCUCUUUCACCCCAAAAUAAAUGCAUGAAAUCAAGUCCACAGGAUAAGGCUUCUGGUAUAUUAAAGAAGGUGGGGAAUCUUUUUGGCUCAGUGCGCCAGAUCACUAUCUAUCUGCAACCCAAUGGAUCAACUUUGACAGUUGGGUGUGGCUUGUUGGGAAUAGCUUUGCAGGCCAAACUGGGACCCUUGCUGGCCCUAGUUAAGUCUGUGGGCCAGAGAUUCUCUACUGUUGCUGCAGUAGGUUGAUCUGAAGUAUAAGGUCUGGGGGAUAGAGAGUUGCCUUCUCACAACUUUUUCACAGCUACCAAGUUUGUGAUCCAAUGAAAAAAGCUCAAUGCCACCAAUGCCCCCGUAACUUAAGAAAAAUGUCUCCACAGUCAAAGAGUUUUUAGGGCUUAGUGCUUAGUUCAGCCAUCAAAACUCAGGAUGUAAAAUUUAGAUUGGCAGAUCAAUUUGGAUAAUGCUAGAUUUUUAUUUCUAUUUUUUUUUAAAAGAAGUUUUGCUCAUGGGUUGUGAAAAAUAUCCUCUCAGUUUGAGCGCUUCAGUGGAAGUAGAUGUAAUAUUUGUUUUCUCAGUCAUGACAUGUUCUUAAGAUAAGCCCUCAAUAUUUUUAAGCCAUGCAUAAAUGGAUCUGGAACAGGGCCAGUUUCCAGUUUUACUGCCACUCUUCUUGUCAUGAAAACUGUUAGGCAGGUGGAGCUCCUUCUGUUGAACCUCCUGCAAGGAGGGAUUUAUAAUCUGUAUAUGCAGAAGGGCACAAGGAUCUCAAAUACAGGGUCGCCAUAUUCCCAAAAGUUAAAAUUCGGAAAAGUUGUUGACCUUUGGGGAGCAUCUUCCAAAAAAAUAAGUGUUUUUUAAAGCAUUUUUUAAAAAAAUAUUGCUCUAGUUGCCAUACAUCUGGAUUCCCCCCGACAUUUGGCCAAUUCUGUGAAAAUCCACCCAGACGCCAUUUUGGCAGUCCAAUUCCUGGACAUAUGGCAGCCCUACUCAAAUAGGCACCUCCUGGAAUACCAGUCCUAAAUAAAUCCUUGACACAUGUCUGCUUUUCUCAGCAAUUGCCCAUCUCUACUCUGAAUAAAGAGACAAACUAUGUAAUUUUGUAUGCAGAGAUGGAUGCACUGGGCUAUUUCUUCCUUGCAACGUAUACAUCAGGAAGCCAGUCCUUGCAGACCCACCCAGGCAUAUGUACAGGGUGGUGCUGCUGGGGGAGAAGACAGCCACUCCUGGUUUCAAAAUAAUUGUAUAUUAAGUGUGGAUUGUCAGGAGGGAAUUGGCUCUUGGUGUGACUAAAAGCAGAGUGUCUGUGAGCAUGUGAAGAAUUGUUUUUCUUAAGCAUUAAUUCAUCUCAGUCCAGGCUUGGUGUCAGCACCAGGCCACUGCCGAGGCCCCAGUACUGAAUCAGAGGUCACUGACAGUGACGUCUGCCCUGAAUUUGGCAUUUUAAAAUUCCCCACAAUGCUGCCAAUAUAGCCUGACAACCACCAUUUUGUGAUUCCUUUAGUGGCCCAUGACAAUGUUCUGUCAGGGGCACUGUGUGAAAAUUGAAAUGGAGCCUCCUAGCAGGAUGUCAUUGCCACCACGUAAGUCUGCAGUGCCCACGAAUGUAGAAGACCCGCCAGAGGGCAAUUUGCUCCUUGAGUCCUAGAGUUGACCCUGUCUCUGUCAAUUCCAUUCACCUGGCUUCUGGAUCAGAGGACAGGGGAUCCAUCAAUAAGUUUUUUUGCCUUAGUGCUUAUCCCUUUGCAAACUGAGAACCAAAGCCAGCUUUGAGCAACAGCUUCCUCCGCUUAAUAACUAUCGAUUCAGAUUUCCCUAUUGCAACAGUUGACCUCAUUACAUCUCCAGCCCCCUGACUUGAAGAGACCCUUGAUACCUGACUGCCCACUCAGUCCAGUUACCCUUCACCACUGCCACCAGUGCUGCUGAUUUAAAAAAUGCCAAAUUCAUGCUGAAGUAAAUAAUAAUAAUAAUAAUAAUAAUAAUAAUAAUAAUUUAUUAUUUGUACCCCUCCCAUCUGGCUGGGUUUCCCCAGCCACUGGGCGGCUUCCACAGAGACCAAAAAUACACUAAAAUGUCACACAUUAAAAACUUCCCUGAGCCUUAAGAUGUCUUCUGAAUGUCAGGUAGUUGUUUAUCUCUUUGACAUCUGAAGGGAGGGCGUUCCACAAUGCCUAGUAAGUCAAGUAUGUGCAAUCUCCUUCAUCUGCACAGUGCAUAAUUCAUGCAGAAUAUAAGGGUAAACAUUGCUUAUGGAAAAGACAGGGGAAUGACACUUGCUACUGCCUUCUGCUGUAACAUGUGGUGAUUCUUGCUCUUAUGCACAGGGUUUUCCUGGUCACCUGGGUUGGCAUCGGGAAGGAAAUUCCCCCCGCGGCACAUUGGCAGACACCGGGGCUUUUUCGCCUUCCUCUGGAGCAUUGAGCAGGAUCAUCUGUUAGGAUCAGGUGGGCGUAUCCCACACGAUCAAUUUCCUGCUUCGAUUGUUGGGUGGACUAACUUGUGGGGAACUGCUGGGUCCUAGGCCCCUUUCCCUUGGGAGGUGACUGCCAACGGGCAUUGAAUUCUGCUAAAAUUGAGUAUGUGCAAAUUGCUGGAAAUGGGUUGUGAAUUACAGUUAUUGGGCUGUAUCCAUGGCGGUUUUGCACUAGUGGAAAUCAUUUCUGUUUGCCCAAGAUGAUUUUUACUGAUCUCCAGGAGAAGCUAGUCUGUUUGGAGGAAUGGAGCAAUGCCCCAUCAGCCCAAGUCAAAGUUCCCACCUGCCUGCCAUCUUUUGUAUAGUGAGUCCAGAGAGGGGCAUUGUUGGUUGUCAGCUUCCUCCUCAUUACUCUCAGGUGGAAUCUACACACAUAUUUUUUUUUAAAAAAAUGCUGCGAAAAUGCUUUUAAAAAACGUUUUGAAAAAUACAUUGAAUUUGGCAUAGCUCACUUUCGCCCUCUAGUGUCACAUUUGUAUAUUGCACUUCACAACACAUUUAAAAUGUUUUAUUUGCAUCUUUAUCACUGAGUCCUCAGUGUUAUCAUUAUGGAACUCAGUAAUGAGGAGGAUGGGGCAAAACUAGAAUUAGUUGGCUCUGCCUAGGCAUGGUUCCACCUACUGUGCGCCACUCUGACUUCUGCCAUACCAGUCUCAAUGGGCACCUCAACUAAUCUCUCCUACCCACUGCAACCCAGGUGUCCCCUGAAAAGUUGUUUCUGAUGGUUAGGAGACCCUCCUGAUCAGUAUGGAAUAUGAACCAGAGGGUUGCAGUAGAUGGAGGUCUUUUGUGUACGUGUGACAAAAAUUAGGGGCCCUGCCUUGCACAAGCAGAAGCUUUUUUUCACUGGAACAAAGCCAACUUGGGAUGCAUUCUGUACCAAGCAGUUGAAGUUCUCUCUCUCUCUCUCUUGGCCCCCUCCUCAACACUGGGCCUCAGUUAUAAGAGUAUUUGGUGGAUCUUAAGGACCCCAAUACACAUAGCAUGUGUCAUAUCAUGAACACCAGACUAUCCAACUGGGUGUUAUGAAUUUUUGUAAGAUGAAACAAUUCACAGUCUGCAUAAUAUUUGUUUGUUUGUUUGUUUGAUUUAUAUCCCAUCUUUCCCUCAAGGAACUCAAGGUGGCAUAUAUGCUUUCCCGCCUCCCCAUCAUAUCCUCACAACUACCCUGUGAGGUAGCUUAGGCUAAGAGACAGUAACUGACCCAAUAUUGAAAAGUGUCAAUUUAGCACCCACCACCACCAAUAUGCUAUAGAUGAUAGAUAGAUAGAUAGAUAGAUAGAUAGAUAGAUUAGAUAGAUAGAUAGAUAGAUAGAUAGAUAGAUAGAGAUAGUGUCUCCCUGAAGUGCUGUAUGUAUAUUCCUUUCUGUUAAGGAUUCUCUGAUUAGUAGCUAGCCAAGUUGCACUGUGGGAUGAGACCUCAGGUUAUGUUGCUGCAGAAGAGAUUGGGUUGAAAUACGAACUGAUUAUAGUUUGUGUCACACCUUAUGAGAAGAAAGAAUUGGGCACCUGUCUAAUUUCUGUCUCCCAUUCCAGUGAUGAAAAGUGUACCUGCAAGCUCUGCUAAGAUAUCUACAGAUUGUACUGUAGGAAUGAAGGAGAAAUCCAGUUUUUAUGCAACCAUAUCUAAUUCACACUUCUGAAAAAAUACACAAACUGAAACAUUUGCAUACAAACAAAAUUUGCAUACAGAGUAGUGUAUUUUAGGGGAAAUUUACACUAAAAUGCUGAGUAAUUUUUGUGAGGUUUUUUAAUUCAAAAAAUUGCAAACUGAUGCAGAAAUAUGGUGAACUGAAUUCAAGAUGGGAAAAAUGAGAGAUUCACCCAUCCCUACUUGAAAGCCACACUUUAAUAAGUUGUUUCGAUGUGUUCAUGUUACUGUUUCCCCAUGAAUUCUGUCACUGCUAAGCUUGCAUUUCUUUUUAUUUUUAGGUCCUCACACAAAGGUGGUCCGUCGAAUAUUCACAAAUAGCCGGGAGAGGUGGAGGCAGCAGAAUGUCAAUGGAGCUUUUGCUGAGCUCCGCAAGCUCAUCCCAACUCACCCGCCUGACAAAAAGCUGAGCAAGAACGAAAUCUUACGCCUGGCUAUGAAAUACAUCAAUUUCUUGGCCAAGCUGCUCAAUGACCAGGAAGAAGAAGGAAACCAAAGGGGUAAAGUCAGCAAAGAGAGUGGCCUGGUGCAAGAGGACCUUCUUCAGGACAUGUUGUCUCCAAACUCAAGCUGUGGAAGCUCAUUAGAUGGAGCAGGAAGCCCAGACAGUUUCACAGAAGAACACGAACCAUUAGACCCCAAGCAGCACACAAGAGCUCUCCACCAUUCUAUUCUUCCCAUUGAAAACAGUGCACAGCGAUGAUGAACCUGCAAAGAGGCACAGGCAGGCCCUUGAAUACAUGGUAUCUGGAAUUUAUGCAUGUCCUUCACCCCCCUCCUCUUGAAAAGAAAAUGGGUACUUCCCAAGUUUUCCUGUUGGCUUGAACAAGAGAGCUGCAUAACAAAACACAGAUGGAUCAAGUGCAUCUUCACUGACAGAGCAUUGAUGGCCUGGGAGGAUUGUCUUGUUAACUCUGUGUUUUUGAAAGAGUUUAACACUCAAAGGUGGAAAUAUGCAGCCAUCUCAUCUUGUAUUCAUACAAGGUUUAAAAGGGAUUGGCCUGACACUCUGUCCUUCUGCAGAGUUAUCACUGCUUCAGUAUUGUGUUGCCCCUCGUCCCCUGUCAUCUGUUCCAAGCAUCUUCCAUAACAUUGUGCGUCCGUGGGGCCAUGAAAGCCCUUAAAAACCAUCCCUGCAGUGUGGUUUUUCUCCAGCUCACUUUGAGAAAAUGUAUGCAACUUGUCUGCCUUCACUCAAGAGCUCUGCCUUUCUUAUGAAAGAAAGGAAAUAAUCCUUUGCGAAGGAACAGCUGACUUUGUGUUGUGGGUUUCUCUGAUUUUUUUAACAAAUUAAAUCUAGCUCAGUUUUGGGUUGUUUGAGGUCUUGUAUUUAUGAUGGUGGAAUUUUUUUUGUUUAAUUCCAACCUGCAGUAUCUGUUGAACUAAAAAGGUACAUCAGUGAGGGUUUGUUUCCCAACUUCUGACAUUUCAUCACAAUGAUGAUUUCUUCUAACCUGGGUGAGCAGCAGCAUUUCCUUGGAGUUCUUAUCUUGGGGUUUCCUGGUUUUAUUUUUCCUGAAACAAGCGUGAUGAGAAAUUGUGUGUGUAUGUAAAUAUAUAUUUAUAUACAAAACUGAUAUAAACAAUGUUUCAGUAAUGCA